AUGGAGAGCCAGCAAGUAAAGGGUGUUGUUGCUGUGGAAAAAUUCACAUGGAAGGUUGAAGCUUUCUCCAAAUUGAAAAACAAGAAAAUAUCCUCUAAAGCUUUCAAAGUUGGUGGCUAUAGAUGGAAGAUUGUCUUAUAUCCUAAGGGGAGGGAUGUAGAGUAUUUGUCCUUGUAUAUGAAGGUUGCUGAUUCUCUAGCACCAUAUGGUUGGAGCAGAUUUGCGUCUUUCAGGUUGGCUCUUAUUAAUCAUGUGGAUACCAAGAAGUCAAUUGUAAAGGAGACCCAGCAGAAGUUUAAUGCUGGAAAUAGUGCUUGGGGUUCUUCAUCAUUCAUCCCUCUAAGUGAAUUCCAUGACCCCACUCAAGGUUAUCUUGUGAAUGACACUUGUAUCAUUGAAGCUCAAGUUUCAGUCUCUAAGGUCGCAUUUAACAUUCCGGACAACUUGGCCACAAUUCACAAACCUAAUGGUGACCAACCUGGGCUAACAGAAGUGGAAAUCGAAGAGCAGGAAAUGACACCUUCAGAUGUGACCUCAAGUCCCACAAGUACCCAUGAUUCGAAAAGUGAUAAUGUAAAUGAAGUAGAAGAGCAAUUCGUACACUCAGAAGAUCAAGAAAUGGGACCUAAACAAGUGGAAUUUAUUCCUAGUGCUCCUCCUAUGUAUCCUUCUUUAUUUAAUGAAUAUGAGGAAGUGAUCUUAACCCCUCUAAGUGACCUUAUAGAUUUCAAGAGUUUAGAGCCAGAAGAAGCAUAUUUUAUUCCAUUAUGGGAGGAGGUAUGUUCAUGGCAUCCAUCACUAGUAGAGAAUCAAAAAAGAAGAAGUCCUAGGUUCAUAUUGUGGGCAUUCAUAGCCUUAGGCCGAGUGCUACAUUUCCUUAAGACUAAGACACUUAGGGAUAUGGGUAAGGAUGAUUGUAUGAUGCACCUUCAAACUCUUUGGGAAGAACUUCAACCCUUUGGAUUUGACUUGAUAUGGUUGGAGCCACAUGUUAAAUCAGCAUUGGGUGCAAAAGCUUAUUUGGAAAGAGCUGAGUGCAUGAAAAAUCUAAGGGUCAAUGUAGCUUCAUUAGAGAUGGAAACGAGGAAGCUGAAGGCAAAGCUCGCAGUUACAGAACUAGACCUUGAGGUUGCAAGGAAAGACUUGGAAGAGGUAGAAAAUGGCUUUGAAGAGAGGGACAUGGAUGCAGAACUGGGUUAUGGGGUACCUUAG